AUUUUACUUCCAUUACGACUGAUCAACCAGACAACAAAAUACUCUUGUUGAGCAGUGUCAGCUGACAAAUCGUGAUGACCGAGAUAAUUAGUUGGUUGCAGAAGCAGGGGAUGGUGAAAUACUUUCGAUUUAUUGCAAUAAGGAUUGAAAUGGGCAACAAAAGCAAGAAUACAAAGAAAGAAGGUGCGGAGAAAAAGAGAUCAAAGACGAAGACAGCCAAGAAGAAAACCUCCACUCUCACGCAUUCAAAAUCCGUGACAUCGACGGAUCCAAAAGAAUAUGAGAAAGAAAAACGACGUGAUGAUAAGGAUGUUUUAAGAAUGACAAAAGAAGAUGUUGGGAAAGAGAGAAAGAAGGAGGCACCGAAGAAGGAACAAUCGAAGGAUCAAUUGGUAAAGGAGCAACCAAAAGAGCAACCAAAAGAGCAACCAAAGGAGCAGCCUAAGGAGCAACCUAAGGAUCAGGCGAAGGAUGUAGUAAAGGAUAUAGCUAAACCCCCAUUGAAGGAACAACCAAAAGAACAACCAAAGGAACAGCCAAAGAAGAAAGAAGAGGAAAAAACAAGCAAGAACAUGGAGAUAAGUGGAAUGGAUAUGGUUAUGAAGGACGACGGGAAGAAGACAAAAAUGGACGAUGGUUACGAGGAUUUCGGUCCAGGUGCAGCUCAAUAAGAAAUAAGAUGAAAUGACAAGAAGGAACAAAAUAAUGCUAAUGAAAAAACCUUUACUUGAAUAAAUGUAUGAUCUUUUA